AGGAUGUAAUUUUAUUUGAUAUUCCAUCAUUUCCUAACAGAGUGGAGCUUCUUUCACUUCGAUAAAUUUGUUUUCUUCCUCUUCCUUCCUUCCCUCACUCUCUCCCCUACUCAUUUCGACCUAGAUAUGGCCAGGAUUGUUCCCAUGGCAUCAUCAAUUAAACCCUCGCUCACCUCUCUCAAAUUCUCCCCCACUCCUCGCUCCUCCCCUACUCUAUGCCGUCAGGUCGCUUCGUUGCACUUAUCCAGUGUUGCUAAAAUAUCAGAGGCAGCUAGUGAGGGAACAAUUGGGGUAUUUAUUGACCGGAGGAAUACUCUACAUCUUUUGCUACUUAACUGGCUUUCUGUAAUUCCACAGCUGCAACCUUUUGGGCUUAGAACAUCUAAGCUGUUCAAAGAGGAUGUAUCUAGCAGAGCAGUAAUCGUUGCAGGAAAUACAAAUACGACCCAAGCAAGCACUGCUACUACACAGGAAAAUGUUUUAGAGUGGGUUAAACAGGACAAGAGAAGAAUGCUUCAUGUUGUUUACCGCGUGGGGGACAUGGACAGGACAAUAAAAUUCUACACAGAGUGUCUUGGGAUGAAACUGAUGCGGAAGCGAGAUAUACCAGAAGAAAGAUAUACCAAUGCAUUUCUUGGAUAUGGGCCUGAAGAUUCUCACUUCGUGAUUGAACUCACUUACAACUAUGGGGUUGACAAAUAUGAUAUCGGCAGUGGUUUUGGCCAUUUUGGGAUUGCAGUGGAGGAUGUAGCAAAAACUGUAGACUUGAUAAAAGCCAAAGGUGGUAAAGUAACAAGAGAACCAGGGCCCGUCAAAGGUGGAAAUACAGUGAUAGCAUUUAUAGAAGAUCCUGAUGGUUACAAGUUUGAGCUUUUGGAGAGGGGUCCCACACCCGAGCCAUUAUGUCAAGUUAUGCUUAGAGUAGGAGAUCUUGAUCGUGCUAUUGAAUUCUAUGAGAAGGCUUAUGGCAUGGAGCUUCUUCGCAAGAGAGACAAUCCUGAAUACAAGUAUACAAUUGCGAUGCUGGGGUAUGGUCCUGAAGAUAAAAAUGCUGUGAUGGAGUUGACAUACAAUUAUGGUGUUACUGAAUAUGACAAAGGCAACGCUUAUGCUCAGAUAGCAAUAGGGACAGAUGAUGUUUACAAAACUGCUGAAGCGGUUAAGCUAUCCGGUGGAAAAGUUACCAGAGAACCUGGGCCUUUACCUGGCAUCAAUACCAAGAUUACUGCAUGUCUGGAUCCUGAUGGUUGGAAGACGGUUUUUGUUGAUAACAUUGAUUUUCUCAAGGAGCUGGAGUGAGCUAUUUGCACACAAUGUACGAUUCCAGCCAACCGGAGAAAAGUAUCGGACCAAUAUUUCCAAGUUCAUCGACUCAAGAUGAUGUGGCGGUAAAACAUCUAUUGGGUUCGGUUUCGUAGAAUAAGUUAUGUGGCUUCUCGAGUCAUAGGAUUAGGAGCUGAAGAAGGCCACCAGAAUCACAAAGUAAAUAAUAUCUCAUAUCGAUGCAUUCUGCAAAACUCAGACAGUAAUAUAUUGUCCAUUAUAGUAGUUCAUUUCUCUGUCCAUCACAUGAAAAGAUUUCUAGCUAAUUACUGAAUAAUUGGCCAUAUAUUUUUAGGUGAA